GAAGAUUUGAAAACGCACGAAUUUUCACGACUUGUGAAUGCAGUUGUCCAGUAUUUCCUUUUACAUAUCGUUUUAUCUGUUCUCUGAACGCCGAGAUUUGUAGUUUCUCUCAACUUCUUGAGGAUGGCGGGCGUAAAUUUGAACGAAGUAGCUUUAAAUUUAAAAAAUACCCUUUCACCGGAUGCAAACGUUCGGAGGCAAGGUGAGUUCAUUUUUUGGUAGGUUUCAUGUCACCAAAAAUUACCUUUGCUGUCGCUGUUUUAAUCAGCCAAGUGCAACUAAAGAAAUAGCGAUGCUUUUAAUAUCUUAAGUAUGCGUAAGUCACAUAUAAAAGUUACAGUAACCGUUACUUAGUAACGGGAACAGAAAAACUUUCGUAGAGAUCUAGAGCUAGAGUUUAAAAAAGUACAAAUGAACGACAUUCGAAAAGCAAAAAGUUGUCUUUGUAAAGUGACUUUAUUGUACCAGAUUGUGACCCUAGGCCGUGUAGGCCCUUGUUUUGGGUGCGUGGUUUUUGAGAUAGGAAGGGAAUCAAUUUAAUAGCCGUUGAUUUGGCAGUAACUAAUGCUGAAGAUGGUUACCACUUGAAAAUGUUAUCAUCAGUUUUUGCAUGCAGUCGUUUCACGAUGAUCAUGGAUCAGACGUACUUGGGCGUUUGACUUUGUGUUACAAUAAUUGUUGAAAUGAUCACUAUUGCUGGGCAUAUUUCUGUAAAACUGGCAAGUGCCUAAGAGCCGUUAGGGGGUCAUCUUGGGGCAAAAUAUUGCUGACUGGUGGUCAAAUUAGUCAUCACUUACUCAUGUUUAAACUUGCCCUCCUCUGCUUUUAAACAGGCACUAAAACUGGCCAGGGAUUAAAAAUACCCAUUACUUAUUCUUUGAAAGUUCAGAUUCUACUUGUCAAACAUGACAGUCCAAGUCUGAUUGGCACUUGCCUUACACAUUACAGAUGAAUAAUUUUCCUUUUUUUACAUUACCCCAUAGGCAAAAAUAAGAGAGCAUUGAUUUCAUCCCCCAAUUUAGCAGUUUACAUCAUUUAUAAAGACUGAAGUAUAUUAUUACCUUAAAAAGGUCUUAACUUCCCAAGGCUUCACUUAAGAAUGUCCCUAGUGACUCCUGAUCUAAUGUAAAACUCUCCCUUUGAUUCUCAAGCAGGUUUAGUACAAACCAGAGGGAGAAUUUAGCAGUUUGUCAUAAGUCAUUAAGAGCUUUAUUCCAGGCACAGGCAAUUAUUUAUUGUUGGGAAAUGAAAAGCUCUAACCUAUGAAAUCCAGGGUGCCUGCCAGCAUUUUCAGUUCAAAAAAUUUCCUUAUCAUCUAAGGGCAAAAGUUGGUUUAAUACCAGGAGCAACUGGGUGCUGCUAGAGCACAACCCAGAACUUUUUUCCAGCCUCUUCAAGGUAACACAUUGUGAGUUACUGUGAUGAUAAAAGAAAUUAGGGGAAAUGGAAUACAUCUUUUAUGUUGUUUUGUUUGUUUCUUUUUCUGUUCAUGGUCAUGUGACAUUCUUAGAGGGAUUUUUCCUUUCUUAUAAUAGCUUAUACAUUCAUGUGCACAUGACUAGUGUGAAAUUUAAAAGGAACAAUUCCCUGAAAGUAACAUCACCUUCUCUGAAAUCAUAAUGGGAAAACAAGCAGACUUACCCAAAAGGUUAUUUGAACAGGAAAUUUUACCAAAUUGAUUUAUUCAGAUAUAGGUUUAUACUUGUGCUGAUAAAGUAAUGUUGAGUCAGAAUGCAGAUCACAGACUGCAAGUUUGCAGACUGUAAAUUAAAUGACACAGAAAAGAUUUUAAUAACAGUGAGGUCUGCAUCGUCAAAUGGCAUACGUGAAUAAUUUGUACACGUGACCAAGCCUCCCCUUUACUUGUCAUGAACAUGACAGUCUUGCAACAGUAUACAUUUAAUAACAGCGACCUCAUUGUGAAGAUUCAACUGUCUCAUCUUGCGGUUCACAAUAACAAUGUCUGCUCGUUUUAGAUUAUUGUUGUUUGAUAUGAUUUUGGCAUCCUCUCUUUUCUUAUAACACCACUAAGAUGAAAAUAUUUUAAGCAAUUAUUGGAUGAGGUUCUUGUGAUAUCCGAAAUAAUCAAGGUCGAGGUAAGUGUUAUCAGCUGAGCCGAAGGCUGAGGCUGAUAACACUAACCGAGACCUUGAUUAUUUGGAAUAUCACAAAAACUGAAUCUAUUAUUGUUUUAUUAUACACUGUUUUGAAGAAAACAACAACAAACACACCGUCGCAAGGAACCUGACUUGAUAUUGUUAUUUGAAAUCAUGCAGUGUGCACGCAACCUACAGAUUAGUCAGUUAUCUGCUCGCAGAUAACUAACUAAUCUGUAGGUUGUGCUGAUCUCCAAAAUUAGCUGUAGGCUCGUAGCCAAUGAGAAGGUAGAUAGUACAAUGUAUAAUAAAAUAUGUUAUUUGAAAGUAGUCAAUAAUAUCCUUGAUCUGUGCAAGUCAUUUGUAAUGCAACUUUUGUGAACUUGGUUUGGCCUAUAGCGGACUAUUAUUUAGACAAGUAUCUAAGCUGGCUACAUGUAUGUAUUAUCAAACAGCUAUGAUCUAUUAAUAAGAAGAAAGAAUCCUAGCUGAAAUCUGAAGCUAUCACAAUAGUUAGUGAUACAAGUCAAGGCCAGUCAAAAUGAGUUCACUGGUAAAUAAUAUUGUUGUUAGGGCAAAGAGACAAAGGAAAUUGAGAAUCAACCUAGGCUAAAAAAUUUUAACCUGAAUUAAACUCAUCACCAAUAGAUGAGCUUGGGCGUUGGUGCCUACAAAUUUGGUGGAGCCGGGCAAUGCUCUAGCAUGAGAAGGAGGUAUCCAUGGCAACCCUGCGAGCGGCCCCCACCAGCACCGUCACACUGAACAAUUCAGUGGAAUACUUACCGAACAAUACUUACCUGGCCCAUACCUCAAGAGGGAGGGAGGGAUGGGAAAAAACCAAAGCACCAAAUGGUACGCAAAGAGCAAGCUAUUGCAACAACAUUUUGCGACGAACUGCAAGCAAGCAACUGGGUAUAUUAUAAGUCACGAGGUGCCCCAGCUAGAGGCAUCGGGCUUCCCCUAGUAUAGCUGGGGAAACUGCUGACCAGCAUUGCUUCGAGGUUAAUUUUGCCUAAAUUACAUUUAGCCACAUUAUAAUUUUAACCUGUAACACACUUUAACUCCCUGGAAAGCUAUUGGGGUGCCCUCAAUAAUAUCGCAUGAAAGACUGCUGGCGAGCAUUGUCUCAAGUUUACCUUCUGAAUUUCUUUUAAAGUGCUUGUCUUUUGUGUUGUUCAUUAUAGCGGAAAAGUUUCUUCAGUCAAAUGAGGCAAAGGAGAAUUAUAAUGUUUUAUUGCUGCAACUAGUGGCUGAAGCUAGUACAGAUGGCCUGAUCAGAAUUGCUGCUGCAAUAUCUUUCAAAAAUAGUGUGAAGAGAAACUGGAGAAUUGUAAGUUUUGUUGUCUCACGUAAAACAUAUUGCUCUACACAAUGAUUCCGGUAAAUUUAUUACCAACUGGAAAAUAAAUGUUCUAGGAAGUGAAUAUUCAGUAUUAAACAGUAAGUAAAUUAUCUUGUUGUGUUGUUUCAAAUUAGGUUGAGGGAGAACCAAACAAGAUCAGUGAACAGGACAGAGAAAUAAGUAUGAUAUUCUUAGGAGUGUUGCUUAAUCAGUGAUAAAUUAUUAAUAAUAUAUGACAGACCACGUAUACUUGCACAAAUAUAGAAAAGGUGCUUCAAGGUUUCUAUAUUAUUAACUUAUCACAUGAUUGCCUAUCACAUUAUGUGAUAAGCAACAAUGUUUCUUCAUUUUGACCUCCUUUCUACAGGUUUAAGCUUAAUAAAUGCAAUUUUGCUUCGAUCCCUCAGGGUGCAAAGAAAGUCAGUUUUACAGCCUGCCAUUCAGGCAAGCUGUAGCUAGCAUGUACUAGCCCACAAGUCAUUUCAACUAGCCCCCAAACCAUUUUUGAUUCGCAGGAUUGAUUACAAUCCUUCUGUAAUUUGAAUUUCCCCAAAAAACAGCACUUGCCCGUCAGGAUAAUAAAAUCCACUAGCCCCGGGCUAUCAGACACUACUUUCUUUGCACGCUGAUCCCUGCAUGGGCCUUGUCACUUGUUUCAGUUUGGUGUUUUUUAGAUUCUGUGAUUAAGCUCACACUGUUCUUUUUUUUGUAGUUAAAAGGGAAAUUGUUGAUUUGAUGCUUAGAAGUCCUGAGAAGUUACAAAAACAAGUAACUGUUUUUCACUGUGUUUUAACAUUGUUUUCUCUACACAUUUCUUAGACAAAUUUACAUUUAUUAUUGUGUUGUAUUCAUCGGUGGCAUUCUCUUAUUUGUUUGUUUAGCUCAGUGAUGCUGUCAGUGUGAUUGGAAGAGAGGACUUUCCUGAUAAAUGGGAAACCUUAUUGCCAGUAUGUAAUGAUUCUUUGAUUAUAUCCUUGUUGGCAUUGUGUUCAGGUAUACAUGUAUUAUCUUUGGUUUACACCUAAGUGCUGCGUCAUCAGUUUUAAUUAUAUUUUUUUAGGACAUGGUCGCUAAAUUUAAGAGUGGAGACUUCCACAUAAUAAAUGGAGUUUUGCAGACUGCCCACUCAUUAUUCAAAAGGUGUGUAUUCCAUGUGCAUACCAUGUACUUGAACAUGCAAAGGCAUGUGUCACAGUGGUUUAGUCCAUUUAGUUUAGUUUAAUUGCCAAUUACUUGCAACAAAAGGUAACAUUUGGCUACAUGCAUUAAGUGUACUAAAGGGGAAGUUGAAUGGGCAUAAUUUUUUUUAGAUCUCCCCACAACAUUUUUUGACAGAUCCCUUUUCUUGGCAAAAGAAACAACAUGAGACCCUUGAUUAUGAAAGUCAUGGUUAGAGUGCUGGACUUGUAAUUCAGAGGCUCUGAGUUCCAAGUCUGGCCUUGACCGCUAGCUGGAUUUGUUCUCGGUAGUGUCCCAAGUUCAAAUCCACGGCCGCUCUUGUAAAUAGCCAACUGGUUUUCCUCUUACCAGUUGGGAUUCUUAACCUUGUUAUUUUCUAUUUAAAUUUGUUUGUUUCAUUAUUCUUGAAAAGCCCCAUAGGGGAGAGGAUAAUUAAGUAUUUAUUAUUAUUAUUUUUAUUGAUUAAUACUGGGUGGUUGGAAAAUGGGUGGAUUUAGUGAGGUUAGUAAGUAGUAAGAAUAAUUGCUUGUUCCUUGGACCAUUCUAGAUACCGUCAUGAGUUCAAGUCCCAAGAGCUGUGGACUGAAAUCAAGAUUGUUUUGGACAAGUUUGCUCAACCCUUGACAAAUCUUUUUAUGGUAGGUUAAUGGCCAUCAUCUCUGUGUAUGGCAGUUAUUGGUCAGGGUAUGUUGCAUAAAUGUAGUUCUUGUAUCAUUUCAUGUGUGACAAAAUUAUCUUUUUAAACAGUGGAUUGAACUGGCUUUAUAGAAAGGACUUGUGUCAUUGUGACAUGAUGUUAAAUGGGAUGUUUUUAACGUAUGUUGUGGUGAUGGUUGCUUAGUGGCCAUCUGGUAAAGUUCUUAGUAGCACACAUCUGACAGUUUGCUGAAAGGCACGCACAGGUUCAAACUCUGGCUAGGGAUUUUUAACCUUUAAAGCCCCAAUAUCCACAUACUAUUUCUCCAGACUGAUCUCUAUAAUUUCCUUAAAGAAUUAGUUGAGAGAAUAUGAUAAAAGAUCAAAGCAUUUUCAGUGUGCAAAGAAAGUCGUGUCUGAUAGCCCAGGGCUAGUGGAUUUUGCUAUCGAGCUAGUGAUUUUUGGUCUUAACUUACCCAACAGGCAAGUGCUCUUUUUUUGGGAAAUUCAAAUUACAGAAGGAUUGUAAUCAAUCGGGCUAAUCAAAAAGGGUUUGGGGGCUACCUUAUUAUUGGAAAUUAACGCGACUUAAAUUAACACAAAUUUAAUGGAAAACGACAUUCGAAUAAAGAAAAUUAACGUGAAAGAGGAGGUAGAAUUUCAUAAUAAAGGAAAUUAAUGCGAUUAAGACAUAGUUGGUGGUGACAACUGGAACAAAUUUAUUCAACACUGGAUGCAAAAAAAUUCAAAACUGAACAAAACUGAUCUGACAUAACUUCUGACAGCGACAACAAUGAAGAUGAACUCAAAAUAUUGUAAACCUUGCCUUAGCUUUUGUGAAAGAUGAAAAAUAUAGGGUAAAUGUCCAAGAAAGAAAGCUUGUAGUUAAUGUUUUUUAGUUGUCAAGAAUGUCUUGAAAGGUUCCAAAAUUGAGGUUAAAAUACUGGAAAUUAACAGAGCAGAAGUUAAUGCUGCACUUAUUUAAUUUAACGCCGCGGAAGUUAACACUCAACAAAAUUAACACAACUUAAAUUAACACUAAUUUUAACGAUUCGCGUUAAUUGAUAAGGUAGUUGAAAGUACUUGUGGGUUAGUUCAUGCUAGCUACAGCUUGCCCAAAUGGCAGGCUGUAAAACUAACUUUCUUUGCACCCUGAUUUUCCUUGUGCUGAUUAUUAAUUUUAUUAACUCUCAUAGCCUUUAUCUCGAUGAUGAAUUGCUGUUGUUAGGAGAAAUGUAAUAUUCAGUUGUAUUUUUAUAAUCAAACCGGCAAAACCUUGAACACUUGAAAUACAUACAUGUAUAUAUAUAUGUCAGGAAUGUAUAAUUGUGUUACAACCAGUAACAACAAAGUUCAGGACAUGCGAACUAGUCACAAAACCACAAACUAAUUAACAUUCUUGCUUGCAGUUUUAUUACACCUGAUUGGCUUUUUUCUUGCAACACAAUAACAUUCCAGAAAUAUUUCUGGUGUUCAUGGUUUUUGACUGUUUAAGUCUCUUUGAAAUAAUGUACAUUGAUUUUGUUAUUCUCAAUUUUUGUAGAACAUAAUGGAAGAGGCUAAUAAGAGUGCGUCUGAUGUGUCCAAACUUAAAGAUAUUCUCAGUUCUAUCUUGCUCAUCUGUAAGGUCUUCUACAGCUUGAAUUUUCAGGUGAGUUGGCAUUUUACAGAAUUUAAAGCAGUGUUUUUUCUCAAGCUACUUCUUUUUUUUUAAUAUUUAUUUAUUUUGCUUCUGAAUAAAAUGAGAAAGGUUUUACACUUCCAUUAACAAUCAUAGCUGAUCGGAAGAGUGUGACUGAUGGGGCAGAGAUCUGUGCCUCAAUAACAGGAAACUGACAUUCCAUACUGAUCAUAUAAAAUGUGCUGUGGUUUGGGUCUAUAAUUGUCUCUUUUGUAGCCUGCAAGCAAGCUCUCCAUUUGGGGGUUAUCAUGAAAAGUACAUGCGCGAGUGGCACGCGACGGGAGACGCGGCAACGGGGGGUGGGGGAGAGAAAGGAGAGCUCGCGACUAUCUCUCACAAAUUUUCAUUUCCAUUCCAGAAACCCCAGGACUCUGUAAAGUGUGAAAACUGUCACCACAAACAUGCCGCAAAUUAGAAAAGUGACAACCGCCUGUCAAGUUUCCUUUUGAGUCGAGAUUUUUUUUGCCGUUCUUCCAACGAGUCACCGCACAGUUCUUAUCUCCAUAGUUGAUGUAGAGCUCAGUUUAAGCUGCAAUCCAUUCUUCGAAAAUUUGGAUCUGUAAAUCACUAUCCGUGAGAAUUUAGCAUUCUGCUAAAAACACUAACGUGCUAGGCCCAGCGUGACAAAACUUUGAGGAAACCAUCAGAUUCAGUGACAAAAGAAAAUCGCUGAAUAAAUAUUUUUCAGAUCCAGUAGGCAUUUUUGAGAAAAUCAGACAGCCUAAAACCGUUAUUUAACCGCAAUGAAGAACUUUGUGUUUCAAAAAAGGUAAAAGAAAACGCUCUUGCAUUAGAGGGCAAAUCAUGCCCACCAGAAACAGUUACCGCAGAAAAUCAAUAUGCAUGUCACGACCUCUCAGUAUGUAAUAAGUGGCAAAAUCACAUUUGCUCAGUUAAAACUUAACCCUCCAGGGCAUAAUCUAUCCGCCAGACACAACAAACAACAUUUUGCACAAGGUAAAAGUUGACACUUUCACACAGCUUUGCGAGAAUUACACCAAACAAGCCCUUCUGCUUUGAGGACUGAAACAAGUUUUCAGUUCCAUUAUGACUGGCCUGAGGUCCAAAUUUGACUUUGAAUGAACAACCACACAGACGACAGUUAUCUCUCACAGAAGGAGAGAGGUAUUUCCCUCCUUUGCUGGUUUUCUUUUUCUGAGUGAGCUCAGUGAUCGCUCGACAUAAAAAGUGUUUUGUCGUGUUUCUUCAUUUCCCGCGAAAAUUUAGGGCAGGCCAGCUAGGCCUGUUAUCAAUCAACUUAAAUUUCCGGAGUGUCAUUUUUCAGCCAAUGGUACAUGUAUUUCCCUUCGUUUGGGCAAAGUACUUGUAAAUGAAAAUUUAUGAGAGAUCAUUGCAAGCUCUACUUUCCUCCACUGCUGCUCGCUCGCGCUUAUCAUGCUCGGGUGGCUCACUUUGCUUGGCCAAAUGGAGAGCUUGCUCGCAUGCUAUCUCUUUUGUUACACAAGCACUUUUUCUUUGCUGGCUGAUCCAUGUAGUUGUCACCAAAACAAUAACAAUUUGCAGAUUGCUUCACACAACCAGUAUCAGAAUUUAGGCAAGUAUUCCACUGAUUCUGACAGUGUGGCAUUGUUUUAAAUGUAGCCUCACUUAAACCCAGCAGAUAAAUUUUGAAAUUAAUAUUGCAAAUCUCUCAAUAUUGUUUUGGAUAACAGGACUUGCCUGAACACUUUGAGGAAAACAUGGAUAAAUGGAUGACAAAUUUUCUUAUCCUCCUUACAAUAGACAGUAAAAAACUUAAGAUAGAGGUGAGUAUUAUUUUUCUCCUUUCCAGUUCAGAUUUAACAGUCUUCAAAGCUAUCAAUAACAUAUUAUUAUAAUAAUAUUAAUAUUAUAAAUGAAGUGGUAUUUAAAACAUACAUUGUUGAAAUCUUGAGUUAGUAAAAAAAAAAAUUAACUCUCAUGUGUCUUUGUUUCCAGGACACGGAUGAGACUGAACCAAUAGAUCUGAUCAAGUCACAAAUCUGUGAUAAUGUGGCUCUUUAUGCACAGAAAUAUGAUGAAGAAUUCGAGGUAGAAAAAUGGCUUCUAAUUUUUGUAUUAUAAUAAUUAGUAUAGGUAAUAGCAUGAUUUGUAGUGAUAUUUGGCAUAAAUACCACGAGUGAUAUUUCGAAAUUGUUAUACGUAAUUUCACGAGCCGUUAGGUGAGUGAAAUUUGAGACAAUUUUGAAAUGUCACGAGUGGUAUUUAUGCCAAAUAUCACGUGCAAAUCAUGCUAUUAUUUGUUUAUACUACUACCCGCAAAAGGUUUGUAAUUUUCACCUGUAGGUAUUUCAAAUUAAGCUGAAAUACCACUGCUCUAAGCCAAUCAGAUUGCAGAAAUUUCUCAUGUAGUAGUAUAAUAAUACUAAUUAAUAAUGAUUAUUAUUAUUGUUGGUUUGCAUGUGACAUAAUCAAAAAAAAAAAUUCAAACUAAGAAUCACCAUGAGGAGAAUGAUGCUUUUCUAUUCAGUGACUCAGGUGGCUCAGAAGAAAGAGCUUUAAGUUUGAUGUUCCUCCAAGGGACACCAAGAUGGAAACUCUCUACAAAGCACCAUUUCUCCAAAUAACUUGCACUCGGUCUCUUUAAAAGGAGCGUCACUAUUCCAGUGGUAGCCUGAGAAAACAGCCAACUUUUCGUGACACCACCACUGCUUUCCCUGCAAAAUGACAUCUGAGAAACAAGCACAGAAAUUCCAUACUGAAGAUGCGACACUACCCAGAUUUGGCUAUUGCUGCUGAUUGGUGUUUCCGUGUGGGAAAUUUGCUUCAACAAUCAGAAGCACUACUCAGGUCUGGAUAGUGAUGUAUCAUCAUUAUGCAAUAUCUGCACUUGUUUCUUAGACCUCAUGUUGUAAGGAAACCAGUAAGAAACCUUUGAGUGAAUGUCAUUGUAAGCUGAAGCUGACCACAAUUUAUCCAACCAUGCUUUCCUUCCUUGUUACAAUGCUGGAAAAAAACACAUGUAACACUUACACAAUAAGGCAUCAAGGGUAGUGUAUCAAAACAAGGUCCACUUCAUCCUUGUUUCACCUUUAACUUUUGCCAGAUGAAAGGUUUGAGGUCUGAACUAGAUUUCUGUUUGGUUCUUUGUUUCACCCUCAUAUUUAGUGAAAUCUUCGUCUUUUUACUCUUGUUUGGUUUCAGGGUUACCUGCCAAAGUUUGUGGAGGCAAUUUGGCAUCUCCUUGUCUCUGACUCAACUGAAAAAAUAGCAAAGCAUGACAUUGUAAGUAUCAGCAUUUGUCUGAGGUUUCUAGUGUUCUUCUGACUUUGGUAACCCCAGAGUUCACCCUUCACCCAACCCCCCCUCCCCCCAACCCCCAUGCUGACCAAGAAGGACCCUGGUGGAACUUACAGUAUGCACAUGUUAAGUACAGUGACUGUCACAAAGACAAACUUGGGGGAAUCUUGUCUCAUCUCUUCUGUUAAACACCACUGACAAUAAAUACAUAGAAUGAUGCAGGUUUUGGUUUUUAACUUUUAUACACUGAAGAAGCCCAAAGAGGAAAACAUUUUGUACAUUUGAAUAAAAACAAAGCAUAUGAGCAAGUGUUAUUGGAAUAGACCUCUUUCACAUCCUAUAUCCUAUUGGAUCCUUACUCACAAGUGGCAUCCUUUGUUGGUAAACUUGAUAUUUUUCAUCCACUUUAAAAUGAUGACUGAAUAUACGAACGUUACCAAAAAGGUUUAGUACAGGAAAUUCCAAAUUCAGAGCAAAACAUUUGAGUCUCCUCACAACGCUGAUGAAGUGUAACUGAUUCACACAAAAUAUUCAUUUCUUUUUAACCAACUGCUUCGUUUAAGUGAAAGGUGGGUGCCUGGGAUACCCAGGGGCUUCCACUGUGGCCCGCCAGCCCCUAGAUAGAAUAGAUGACUUGCACUAAGAGGUCACGUGACCAAUGCUUCCUUUAAACAUCGAGUUGGAAUCUUUAAUUUCUGAUGCCAAAAAUUGAUAGAGCACAUAAAAAUUAUCUUACACCCGAAAUUUGAGAGGAAAAGCAUUUAAGGGGGAUAUUUUAUGGCACUUUGAUUUUUCAGCAAAGUAAUAAAAUUUGUAUAGGCUGCCAUGUUGGAGGGUAUACUCUUGCCCUCCAACAUGGCGGCCAAAACUAGUUUUUGCUUAUAUCUUGUUAAACGUUUGUUAGUUUCGCUCAGAUGUGCUGCAAACGUUACUACAUCAUCCUUUCAACAUUUUCCUUGAAGUUUUAGUGCACAUUUUGGUCAUGUGACCAGCUACCAACUUACUCAUUUUAAGAAAAUGGCGCAGGUUUGAAAAACCAAAUCACUAUUAUUUUGUUCAAGAUAUGACCCACUAAUCGUUUUUCCUAGGAAAAAUCAUAUAACUUUCAUUUUCAUAAAAACGAUGUUACAUGACCUCUUAGUGCAAAUGGCCUAUACUGCCCCCAUGGCUAGCAAAUCCCCGCAGCCCAGCCAUGAGCCCCCAUUCCAGGCACCCAUCUGAUGAAACAGUGGAAGGAAUCAAAAUAAGGGAUGGGAGGGGGGGAAGACACUAAAUGAACUGCUGCACAGACCACUGCACAAGCACUCAAUGAAGAACUCACUUAUCCUACCAGUGUACAAACUUAAGCUACCAUGUACCAUGUGAGCCUGCUCUUAUGGGAUUGUCUGCUAGAUGCCCGCUAACUCGUGGGCCACUUGACCGCUAAGCUUGUGGACUGCUUGACCGCUUAACUUGCGACCCACUUAACUGCUAAGCUUGUGAACCGCUUGACCACUAAGCUUGUGAACUGCUUGAAAAAAUUCAGGCUUGUCUCUGUGAUGCCAGCGCAGUACUGUAAUUAAUUGAGCUAACAAGCCAACUGGGAGCUGUUCAUAAAAUUGGUUAAUAAUAUACGGUACUCAGGAAAGAUGAAGAUGAAAUAAUGAAUAUAUGAAGUUCUGUGAAUGAUUUUGUUUGUGUGUUCUUAAUUAUUUGCUUAAUUUACAGGUUGUCAGUACGGCAAUUGGGUUUCUUGCCUCUGCAGCAGAACGAAGCAACUAUAAAUACCUGUUUGACAAGCAAGAAACUUUAAAAAGUAUCUGUGAAAAUGUUGUUGUCCCAAAUGUAGAGUUUAGAGGUGAGUUGUGAGAUUGUUAAGUACCUAUAUGAUGAUGACGAUGAUGAUGAUGAUGAUGAUGAUUAUAUCAUGUUAACGUAAAUAUUUUCCUCCCUUUUCAGAGGAGGAUGAAGAGGUUUUUGAGGAUAAUCCAGAGGAGUACAUCAGAAGAGAUAUUGAAGGAUCAGGUUAGCAAACAUUAAAAUGGUUCUGACCUGUGUGCAUAGUGCAUUUGUCACCUUUUCUUGGCAAGCUUCUCAGCUUCUCAUACUUGUUCAUAAAUAACAUUAUUUCUUAUAGAUGUUGACACACGACGACGUGCAGCCUCAGACCUAGUCCGAGCACUAUGUAAAUUUCAUGAGCAGCGCGUCAUAGAAAUAUUUUCUCUUUAUGUGGGCACUAUGCUUCAGGUUUGUGUUUGUUAAUUUUACAAUGUAGCAGGUCCAGGCUAUCAAAUUCUGUCAUUUUUUCAUUAUUAUUAUUACAAACAUUAUUGCAAAUGGUCAUUUUAAAUAGGGGUCUAAUUUGCUCUGUCAUCGUGCAUGUUAUUAAGGAAAAUCAUGAGCAUCAAAUUUGUUUAAUCACUAAUCACUUAGGUGUGAUAAAUACUGUCAAGUAUCCUAAUAAUGCUGAACUCAAGGCUGUCAACAGCCAAUCAAAUCAGAGAACCUUUUUUAUACUGGACUGUUUACUGUCACUAUUUUUUUUUUAGCAAUAUCAGGCUGACAGCGAGAAAAACUGGAAAGCUAAAGAUGCUGCAAUAUUUCUUGUCACAUCACUAGCAAGCAAAAAGCAAACUGCUAAGGUAAUCUCUUCCUGUGCUUUGAAUUUAUUAGUUGCUGUUGUUUGAUGAGUUGCUGAAGGUUGUCAAAGAAACAUGUCGGAAAUGUGACAAAUAUCCUAUGUCUGUUCAUGCUGCCCUUCAGUAGCAUGAUUAAAAAUAGAAAUAUCAUUCUAAUGAGGCCUUAAACUGCUUUUUUGAAACAUAAAAUUGAUAUCCAAGCUUUUGCUGAUCGAUGGCAUUAUCAGGGAUGAGAAAAUAUUCUUUGUGUAAAACGUGAAAAUGAUGCAAAGUAUGUAUGUAAAGUGUAGAAAUAAAGAUUUUGAAUAAAAUUCAACAGUGUAAUGACUAAGUCUAUCUACAGACAGAGUCCCCUAAAAUGCAUUAAAAAAGUCUCUAAAAACACUUAAACACAAGGUCUGUAAAAAUUUGCUACAUUCCUAACAGGAAUUGAGGGUAAGUUUUUACUUUCUUUAAAAUGCCUCUUAUAGGCGUCGAUUUGCGGGGUUGUUUUUAAUCGUAAUAAUCUCGACUUUGAUGCCUGUAAAGCCUUUGUUCUGGCAGAAAUAGAUAUGUUUUUUUACAGAGGAGUUUUCGUUAUUGAGAUGUUCUUUUAUGUAAUCUUGGAUCCAUGAAGCAUGUCAUCAUGCUGUUGAUCAGUGAAAGCUUGGAUCUCAAUUUUAUUUUUGAAAACAGCAGUUUAAGGUCUGAUUAGAAUGAUAUCUUUAUUCUUUACAUGCUUCAGGUUCAGUUAUCACUGGAGAGAAAUAUUCCCCCUCCUGGCUGAUAACUUUUUCUUUAACGGGAGUCAAUUUUGUUGAUUUUAAAUUAUGACCGUCAUGGUAUUUUUUUUGUAUUGUAACAAAUCUGUCUUCUUUUUCAUGUUUUCCCCUCAGCAUGGGACAACACAGGCCAGUGAACUUGUCAAUUUGCAAAGCUUUUUCACUGCAAAUAUUUUGCCAGAAUUAGAAAUAAAGAAUGGUGAGUGCUGAGGGUAUUUUGUUCAUAAUUGGUACAGUCUUUACUAAUACUGGUGAAUCCUUGUUUACACUGAUUUUUUGCCUCCAACAUACCAAAUAGUUUCAGAGAAAUUCUGUUUUAAAAUCCCCAAAAUUUACAAAGAGUGUAUGACGCAAUUUUUGCAAAGAGCUGAAACUUGAAGAAACUGCUCAAAUUAUCGGAGUUUUUUAAUUUUUGAACCUAAUUUACAAGUAUAAUUAUCUACAUGUUUUAUGGACUUGCUUGUUUGCUAAUAAACAAAAAUGUUUACAAUGACCUCAGCAUGGAUUCACCUUGUAGACCAAUCUCCACUUUACCAGUGUGGAAGUCCAGCAGUAAGACUGAGUGAUCAGAGUGCUGCACCUGAAAUCCUGCAGUCCUUUAUUUAAUGAAUUUUCAUAUUAUAAUAAAUUAUUAUUACUACUAUUUAUGAGAUCCUACCCAGCUUUUUGGCCUUCUUAUACAGUGGAACCCUGCCUUUUGAUGACCUCAUAAUAAACCUGUUUAGCUUGUAUGUUUUGUUUCCCAGUUCAGACCACGUGAUGUUCUCCAGGGAAUUUGCCUUUUGUCAUUCCUGUUAUGUUCCAUUUUGUUUCUGGAGUGCCUUUAAACUUGCUAAAAAGUGUGAUUAUCCACUGACUGAGGAACGAAGGAAGUGGAAAACGUUUUUCUUGCACACAGCUGGGGGUAUGGGUUCAAGUGUUUAGGGGAUCGUUAGGUAACAUGGCAUUUCAGAAUUCAGUUGUUUUUGUUGCCAUCCUGAUUUGCUAUGGCCUUACCUGCCCCACCUAACCCACCCUUUAUGUGUUUUCUGGAUUGUUGUAGCAUUUAAAGUAGUACCUUGCUUCUGGGUACUCUUGUACCUAGUCUCAGUUUCUUGUCAGCCUUUUUAUUAGCUCUUGUUUUGUGCUGCAAUACUGGUAAUUUGUGGUGUUGAUAUUAAAGGUUGUGCUGCAUGGUUGGCUUUGCAUGGCUUCCAGUUGUAUGUGAGAAAGAUCAAUGCACUUGCUUUCACCAUGAACAAAGCUAUUCUCAUUUCUUUAGUUACCUUUUUACUCCCAGUUAAUUAGCAGUAAAUUAUAGUUUUCUUCCAUUUCAGUGGAUGAUCACCCUGUCUUGAAGGCUGAUGCCAUCAAGUACCUCAUAGUUUUUCGAAACAUGGUGAGGUUCAAUCAAGUCUUUGUCCAAUUAUCUUUAACAGGUUUUUUUUUCAGGCGGGAGUACAACAUCUACCUGACAACACUCAACUUUAACUGCAGUCAUCUCACUACUUGUAUUACUUACCUCAUGCCUGCAUGAUAAUAAUGAUAAUAGUUAAACCCAUCGCCAACAGAUGGGUGUGGGGAAGGUGCCUGAGUAAACUGAGGUAACCAUGACUACCCUGUGAGCGGCAACCAUCAGGCACCCUUACAUUGAGAACCUACCAGAGGUCGGGAAGAGUUGGGAGCCAAAAGGCUUUGACACAAGCACAAGCAAAGAAAACGCAUUCAAAAUGACCUGACCUCCAAGAGAGCGCUUCAAAAAUACUGGGGCCCUGAAAAAGCCCUAAGCGUACCCCACAUAGGAUUAGCAAUGGAGACUGCUGGCCAGCAUUGUCUCAUGUAUAACCUCGCCAAAAUUACAUUUAGCCACAUUAAAUAAAUAAUAAUUUAGAUUAGAAGGGUUGUAGAGACCUAAAGCUCCUAGUCAAAGCUUGCCCUCUAGAUAUUCUAUCCAGCUUGAAGAUCACGCUGUGUGGCAUGAACAAUAAUAAUAAUAAUUGGCAAAUACAUGUGUAAGAAUGUAUUUUGCCACAUUGUUCUUAACUAAUAUUACAUGUGGGUGAAAAAAGACAUUUGCCAUAAGUUUCAAUGUUGACUAUUGCUGCUGUUCAUUCUCUUUAGUUAUCCCGUGAAGUGCUCAUCCAUUGUCUGCCAUUGCUUGUCAAUCAUUUGACAGCCAAGAGUCAUGUGGUCCACAGUUAUGCUGCUCACUGCCUGGAGAAGCUGUUUACUCUCAAGAGUCCUGGAGGAGGAAAGCCGUAUGUGACCAGCUCAGUUGUUAAAUGAGGAAUUGUUUUGUGGACUUAGGGAGCCUUAGCAACCACAGUGGCCAUGCGGCAAGGAAAUCAAAUCAAGCAAUAGGUUUAAUUUACAAGAAAAACAACAACUUUAUAUGCCCGUCACACUUUGGGUACUUUUUUUGGUCACUUCAUACUUACAACAUGAAGGGUCCUUAUGCAACAAUGGAGGACAACAGCACAUCAAGAAAGUUUUUUCUUUUUUUGAACUUGAAUGCAGUCUGACAAGAAUUCAACUCCAGGAAAAUUCUGGGCCUACAUUUGACAACUGUCUGUGUUCUUUUAGCAGUUUUGUAAAGCAUUUUUUUUUUAUAGAAAACCAAACAGUUGCAAAAAAUGAAAAGGUUGGGUGUCUGAUUUGAUAAAACCAACAAUGCAAUGUUACAUUUGAUAGAUAAUAAUAUUAUAACAAUAAUAAUAGUAAUAAUAAUAAUUUUAGUAAUAUUUUAAUAUAAUUAUUGUUAACCUUUGCUCGUUGUAGAAUCCAGAAGACUGAAGUUGAACCAGUUUUAGAGAGCAUGUUUGUCAAUCUCUUUAAUUUGUUGCAAGUACCUGGCUCCCAUGAAAAUGAGUAUGUGAUGAAAGGUAAUGUUUGCAGAAGGAAAUUACUUCUAAUUUUGUACUAUAAGUUGUAAUUUUUCAGAGCAAAAAUUGAUCAACAAGAGGCAACUAAUCUCCGAGAACAUUUUAAGAUCCUUAAGUUAAUGCCUAGGAAAGUUUGAGUGCCUCAUUUGUGAGAUGUUGUUGAUUAAGAAAAAGAGACCAUCCUUAAACAUUCCAACCGACUCCACUCCAGUAAAACUUUUCACUUAUUUCAUUCUUUUAUUCCUCAAAUUUAAUGUUGUGUUUCACACCUUCGUUUCCUAUUAUAUUGUUUCAUAGUCUCUUUUAUUUACAUUUGAAAAUGGUGACAUGUCAUCGCCAAAACGUCAUGUUUAAAUAGCAUUGCUUUUUAUCCAAAGAUUGGAUGACUUUUUAAACUGUCCAUAACCUAAAAAUUAUUUGAAAAAGUCUCUUUUUGUUUGAAAUGCAAAAUGGUUUUGAAUACAUUCUUGUAGUCACGUUUUCUUUUAGUUAACAUAAUGAAAAUUUUUAGGUUCUAGAUACUUUAAAUAACAGUUGCAAGUGUUUUAUCUGUUACCUUACAGCUAUCAUGAGGUCAUUUUCAUUACUCAAGGAAGCCAUGUUACCUUACUUUGAAGUUCUAAUCAAUAAUCUGGCUUCAAAGCUAAUGCUUGUCAGCAAGGUAAAAGACAUUUUUUGUGGCAUAAUUCUUUUGGUGAAAGGGCUAUCUAUAAAAUUUUGAAGGACCAAAUAACUUUGGCAUUCUUCAGUAGCACUUUUUUUUAAUCCUAAAGAAGCAUUCUUUGCUUUAUUACUGAUUACUCUGAAUUAUGGCACCCUGUAACAGCUUCUCUGUUUGCUCCCAAAAAGAUGCCAAACUUAUUGAUACUUAGGCUCGGUCACCAUGGUGCAGGGAUGUCUUUAAGAGACGGCUGUUGCCUAAUUUCACCAGGAAAAAGAGCUUACCACCAGCUCAAACUGCAAAUGAAAACAAAGACAUAGAGGAAUUUUAGAGAUGCAGUUGAGUAAAAAAGCUGUUGAGUAAAAAAGUCUUGAGUUCAGCUCUGUGGUCAAAGCCAUGUGGUGUGUCUUCCGCCAGUCAGUAUUCUCACUGGCUUUUUCAAAUAACUGGUUCCUGUCAUUAUAUGUGGGCCACAAUAUAAAGCUAAUGAUCAUGUUUACCCCGGUAUAGUCUUGAGCGAUUUAUUUAUUAAUUUACACUCAACAGCAUAACAGACAUAGUUCCCACAACAAAAUGUACAACUUUUAUACUACUUCUGUAACUUACCCUUUUUAAAUGUUUUUUUUUUUCCAUCAUUAUAGAACCCCAGUAAACCACAGUUUAACCACUAUCUGUUUGAGGCAAUAUGUUGUGCUAUCAGGUUUGUGUGAUAAAUUCAAAGGUUGUGACUAGAAUGUUCGCCCCAAUCAAGUUAUUGUCUUUUAAUACUUAAACUUGGUUUAGAAGUCUUAUAACUUCAAGUAGCAAAUACAACAAGGGUGAAAACAGUAUGUAUUAUAGGGCCUGUAGCCACAUUUUUGGAAUAAUAAGCGUUGUAAUCCUCAUCUGUAUGCGCUACACUAACGAGUGCUUACUUGCCAACAGUGUAUGUUUUUAACAUACUUUACAUGGCAUUGCUCACGACAUUAUUUUUGAAUGCAAACUGUUUUUUUUAACCCCUUUUAAGCCCUAAGUGUGAUCAUCAUCAAAUUUCUCCCUGUAAUAUGAAUACUAACCACCGCCUGGUUAGCUCAGUUGGGAGAGCGCCGGUCUACUGAGCGGGAGGUCGCGGGUUCAAACCCCGGCCGGACCAACACUCAGGGUCUUUAAAUAACUGAGGAGAAAGUGCUGCCUUUGUAAUAAUAUCUGCAAACGGCUAGACUUUCUAGUCUUCUCGGAUAAGGACGAUAAACCGUAGGCCCCGUCUCACAAGCCCUUGCACAUGUAUUAAAUCUGUGGGACAUUAAAGAACCCACACACUCUUUUCAGAAGAGUAGGGCACGUAGUGCCCGGUGUAGUGGCCUAUCUCACUUUCACACUCAUGUAUGGGGGCAUCAUUACUCAUUCCUUCACUACUUGUAAAACUGCACCUUAAGCAGUCUGGCAAAGUCCCCCAACCAGUGUUGUAAAUUAUCCCUGAAAAGCCCUGAGGGGAGUGGAUAAUAAGAUAUUUACAAUUUACAAUUACACUUUACAAAACACAUUGGUGAUAAGAAUAAGGGACAUGAGUACACAAGAUGAAUCUAACUGAUACUUCAACAGAUUCUCCGCACUUCUUCUACAGGAAAUGAUCGGGGCAACAAAUGAGAAUGUGAAUUUUGAUGUUAGGGUUUUAAAUAAUAAUUGAACUGAGUGUGAUUACAAAAUCAGACGAGUACACAGUGUGAGUUCAAUUUGAAAUCACAAGUAUGAUUUGAGACCAAAAUUGCACGACACAAAGUUCAAUUACCACUUUAUUAAAGCCAUUUUGAAAACUCAGAAUUCAGUCGAUAACAAUGUUUUAUUGAUCAAGUAGGCGGUUUGCUAAAAAUUAUUAGCGGAAACAAAAAGGCUCUUACAUCUCAUUGUGUAUUUGAAACAGAUGCAAUAUAGAGCACAAUUGAUGCAAUUUAAAACAAAUGAUGUGAUUUAGAACAUGAAUGACGUGAUUUAAAACAGAUGUGAUUUGGAAGAGAAAAUUGUGUGAUUUGUGAAUAAACCACACUGCUGAGGGCCAAUCAGAUUACAGGGAUCACCAGUGAUUUCAAAAUGGAUAUAAUAAAGGUUUAAAACUGCUUUAGCAGGCUCAUGAUGUUGUUGUUAAUCCUAUAGGACCACCUUGAACAGGAAAAUUCUCCCCACUACCUCUACAGGAAAAGUGUGGGGAUAACAAAUGAGAAUCUGAAUUUUGAUAUUAAGAUUUAAAGGGUUUAAACUGCUCUAGCAGGCUCAUUAUGUUGUUGAAUGAUAAUCCUAUAGAACCAUCUUGAUUUAAUUAGUCAUGAUUUAAUUUGUUGUGUUUUGUUCUGGUUCUGUUCAUUAUUAUGCAGAGUGAUAUGCAAAGAAAAUGCGUCCUUAGUGGUGGGAUUUGAAAACAUGUUAUUCCCAGUCAUUCAGGAGAUUCUGUCCAAUGAUGUGACAGGUGUGUGAAGUAUCUGUCAUUACUGGCAUUUACCUUUUCCAGAAUCACUCCACCUCUUAUUUUUCAAGGCCUGUGCUUCUAUUUUUGUUUUUAACAAAGCAAUAUUGCCCUUUGUUCAGCUUCAAGCCCAUUGGGGAUCACGUGACCUUAAACACGUAGCCCCCGUGGAAUAAUGAGACCUAGGAACUAGGCAAGGGUUAAUCAUUACAGAUUCAAAAGUUAGAAAUUAUAACAAUAAUAAUAACCUUGCAAUAACAUUGUCCAGCCGUGAAUGAGCGCACCCUCUUUAUUCUUAAGUUAAUGUAGAAAAACAUCCCAGACGUAAUAGAAAGUGAAACUCUAAUCUUCCAUUUUUGCGAGAUUUGAAUUCAGAUUUGAAAGCUCAAAAAGCAUUUCAGUUUUAAUUCUUUUUGUCUACAGGUUGUUGAUUGGAAGCUCUAGAAAUGACAGAGCAAAUUAUCCAAGAAAUGCUUUUGAGCACAAACCAGGGUUAAAUUUAACCCCAGGUUAAGUGGUAAUCGGCCUUCGAACAACUGCCCUGCAGGGAUUUUUUCUGGCUGCUACAGAGGAACCUCAAUAUAACAAAGGGCCAAGGGACUGGCAAAAUUUGUUCAAUAUCAACGUUUUUGCCAUAUAGUUUGCUAUUACUAGAGUAAAUAAAAUUGUUCGUGAAAAUACCAAGGAUUGAUUAGCAAAAGAGCUUCUCAGCUACUGUUCAAUUCCCCGCCUACUAUUUUAAAUACCCAGCAACUUGAAUUCUCAGUGAUAGCCAUGCAUUUGUCUGUGCCACUGGUUACUAUCAGAUGUUGAGUCAAGUAGAUUGGCUAAUGUGAAUUCAAUCUUAUCUUUCAAUUACAGAGUUUUUGCCAUAUGUUUUCCAAGUUUUAUCACUGCUUCUGGAGAUACGACAAAAUGAAAUUCCAGCUCCCUACAUGGAGUUGUUUCCUCUACUGUUGAGUCCUGUCCUUUGGGAAAGAAAUGGUACAAUUUGAAUUGUUGCUUGUCUUUUUGGAACUGAUUUGCUGUGGUUAAUUACAGAUUAGCCUAUUUUGGCAUUAAUGUUUUUGUUACACCUUAAUCUAGGCAACAUUCCUCCUUUGGUGCGAUUGCUUCAAGCUUAUAUUGAAAAAGCCAGCAAAGUCAUCAUUGAGACUAAAAAAGAGGUAAUGCCUGCUUCCAAAACUAAAAAAUAAAAGUAAAACAGUGAACUUCUAGGACAACAUCAUGAUUUUUGCGCUACUUAGCUACUUGGCAGACAUGUCACACUGUCUCAUUUUGCAUGGGUUUAAUGCUUGGUCCCUACCUUUCUACAUCUACUCUCUAGACCAGGGAUUUAGUUUGUUUUGCUGCAAUUAUGCUUUCACAGGGGCCGUUUAAAUGGGGGCUUACAGUAACUCCUUGAACAAAGGUGUUGUGGGAUUUUUGAGUUGUAUAAUUCAAAUGGUUCAACUUACAAACUUAAUAAGCAGGAGUGCAUGGCUAAUAGGGAUAUGCUCCAUCAGUUCCAGUGGGCCCUGAAGACUUUCUUUUGCCCUUGGGAGACAAAGAAAUCUGUUAGUUUCUGCACAAAGAUCCUAGAAUUUAUUUUUAGCUUUUCAGCUACAUUUAAAAUAUUUAGGGUUAGGGUUAGUUGAGAAGAUGAACAUAGCCUUGCCUAUUUGCAGAGAGUGUGGUGCAGCAGUGCAGGGUCUUGGCAAGACCAAAGUAUACCAAGACUGUGGCUUGGAAGGAACACUGUUCCUUAAAGCCAUUAGAGAUGUCUUAAGUUUCAAAAGAAUUACAGACAGGCAGGCAGUUUGACUCAAGUACACUUCUUUCAUGCAUCAAUCCUCCAAACACCUUCAGGCUGGGACCAUAUCUUUCAGUGUCUCUUGACAUUAUUUUGUACAUGUGUAGGGUGACAAGGGGGAAUUAAUGACAUCAUACUCAUAAUAAAUCAUACAUUUCUUUUCCCAAAAACAGAUGGGACUGUUAGGAGUUUUUCAAAAGCUCAUUGCCUCCAAGAGUAACGAUCAUGAAGGAUUUUACCUUUUAGGCAGUAUGGUGGAACACUUUGAACCGUGAGUAAACAAUGGGAUAUAUAAACUGUAUACCAUUGGAAAAUUACUAAAAAAAAGUUUCAGAUUUUGGCAGUGUCAAGGCUCUUCUUCUUUUAUGCUGAAAACCAACUUGGUAUGAUUUUGAAGAGUUGUUCUCCUUCCAAAAUUUUUAAGACAACUAGGGGCUAGUGGCAGUUUCAUUUCGUCAACAGCCAACUGAUAGGUUUUGUGACUAUUAUGAACAUUAACUGGAAAGGUACAGUGUGUAACCUACCCACUGGAUGUACCAUUACUCUCCCAAAAUGACCAAAGUUAUAGUGCAUUAACUGUUGUUCCUUUACUUUGUUAAUUGGCAGGUCAUCAUUAAAAGAACAUAUCAAGUCUGUAUUUAUGUUGCUGUUUCAACGGUUACAGAAUUCAAAAACUACAAAAUUUAUCAAAGGUAAGAAAUAUGCCACUAAUCUAUUGUUGAAUAUUGUCUAAUGGUAAUUGUAUUCAAUGGGCAAACAUUUGAAAAAAAGUUGUAUUCAACAAUCUUUUUUCCAUUCACUCAUGGGCACUUACUUGUAGCUAAAGGGCAGGGAAAAGACAACAAGUGGACACCCAUUGGUCCUUCUUUACACCUUCUUUUCAGUGAAAGUGUUUACUUCCUUUUAGAGAGACACUACUGGGACUAGGGCUGAGUGUCCAUUUUAUCCUAAGCCUAGUGUCUGUAUGUUCUGCAAUACAGUUUUUGACAAGGCUGCAGCAUCUCAUAGACAUCUGCUUGCACUAUUUUUGCAUCGAAAUUGAGUCAAGAACAUGGCAUGUUUGAUAGCAGCACUAAAGUAAACAGGAGCAUUUUGUAGGUGGUGUCUGAAAUCAUCUAAAUAUUAUCUGACAAAGGCAGCUUCCGAUUAUGUCACAGGCCACGGCACACCAUUACAGAUUGUCUAGUAACCAGGUUUUAGAGAUGCCUGGUUCAAGCUGCAGAGGUAUCUCCAAGUUUCCAUUUUAUACAGGUGUUGGCCUUAUAGAGGUGUAGAAGUGUAGAGAUCUAGGUGAAUUAAGGCACAUAACUUUAAAAAAAUGUUUUGUUAUUAUUUGAAAAUUAAUUUAUUGCACUUGAUUAUUGUUUGUUUGCAGUCUAUUUGCAUUAUUUGAUGUGUAUAUUUAACAGUUAAUGAAUGAGGCUUAGUAUCUUAUGAAGAAUUAUGGAGAUCGAGGAGGAUGUUAUCCGUCGAGGCCGUAGGCCGAGGCGGAUAACACCCUCCGAGAUCUCCAUAAUUCUUCAUAUGAUACGAAAGCCGAAUUCAAUAAUUGUUUUAUUAUUCAUUCAAAAUAAUUCCUAGUUUAAAAACAUGGCUAAAACAUGCUUACCUCCAUCGAUCCAUCGAUGUUAAGUUCAUCUUCGAUAGUGCACAUUUAGGUUUGUCCAGCUCCGCAAAUAUUCUCCAAAUAGCAGAUGUCGCCCUUCGAGUUGUCUUCUUGCUGUUCUUGCCGUGUUUUUAGCUAUUUUUUCGCCCAGUUCUUACUCUUGAAACGAGUGAAAUGGCCGCCAUUUUGUUAAGUUCACAACCAAAACAACUCAACCUCGUCCCCUGAGGUCUUCUCGGUUAACGGUGCCUUAACCUGUGAAAACGCUGCAUUUUUGACGUCAUUUCCUCGUUAAAGUCAAAAUUCCUCCAAAUUUGGUCAUCAGUAACUGGUUAUGAUGAAUUAAUAAUAAGAGUUGUUUACAGUAAAGAGUCAGGUAAAAUCACUGGCUGCUCUUUGCCAUUUUUGUUUUCUCUGCUAGGUCUACUGGUGUUCUUCUGUCUCUAUUCUGCGAGGAAUGGAGGAACUGCUCUGAUGCUGACUGUUGACUCAAUUCAACCAGGGUAAGAUACGACUUCUUCAUCAUCAAUAUUCUUAGCCUGAGAUAACAGCCAACAUUUUUCAGCUCCCAACGGCUGCCCUGUGAAAUGAAGUCUCAGGAAUGAGCGUAGAAAUUGAAGCAAAUUUUCAACCAACCAGAAGCACUAUCCAGAUCAGGGUAGUGACACUACGCUCAUUCCUCAAAUGUCAUUUCACAGGGCAACUGUUGUUGAUGUCGCAAAAUGUCAGCUGUUUUCCCAGGCUAUAUUUUUGUCACUUUCUAACAGUCUGAGGAACUGUGCUAUACAAUAGCCAAAUUCAUAGAGUGUCAGCUGGCCUCUAAAAAGCUUAAAACAUUAAAGGAACUGAGUCAAAUUACUUAGCAAUAACAUUAGAAGACAAUUAUGGACAAUUGCAAUCAGGGUUUUUGAAAACUUGUUAGCUUGGCAUAUCAUGCUUGGGGAACAUUAUUUGUUUGUUGUGAAUCUGUGAUUAAUUUUAUUUUGUCUUUAACAAGUAAAGUCAGCAACAGAUAUUGUGGACACUUUGUACUGACGUGUACAGAAAUGACACUACUACUGUAACUGCUUAUCCCCAUAGGAUGUUGUAUUAAUAGUAGAAACAGUUUCUGUUAAUUGCCAAUCUUCCAACCUCUGUUAGGGACAACUAUUGUUGAAAACAUCCUGUGUGUCCCUUUCCCACUGCCUUCUUGGUCUUCCUCUUCCUCUUUUCCCACCUAUCUUUCCCUCCCAGAUGAUCUUUCCCGAGCCCUUGUUUCUUUUCAAAUAGCCAAAAUACUUCAGCUUUGCCUCUUGUUUCUUUAUAAAGUCCUUUAACCAUUGAUUUUCCACUUUGAAUUCUUCCCUAAUUGACUUAUUUGUUCUGUGCUCCAUCCUUGAUAUUUUUAAAAUUUAGAAAUUACAAGCUUACAUUAAUUUUUUGCAAUAAUUAAGUUAUUGUCAGCUUCACCUCAAAUCCUUGCUGCAUUACACUCGUCAGUGAAUAUUAUUUUUGAGACAGGCCUUCAUUUUGUUUGUUUGUCGUUGUUUUUGUAAUGUUUUUUACAUCUGCAGACUUUUUGGAAAUUUCUUGGAAAAGAUUUUAUUCCCUGAUGUACAGAAGGUAAGCAAUGCUUCCCAAAGUGUAAGCAAUGUAAAUAAAAGUAAUUAUAGAAAUGAUUCAAAAGGUACCUGAAAAAAGCUUUAAGUGAUUUCUGAUAAUUGUAAACUGCUAGAAAAAGUCUUAGGCUUGGUUGCAAAGCUAUAAACGUUAGAUUAAACAAUAAAGUAACUUAGGGCGUCUUCCCAUGAACCAUUUUAAUGUUGCAUACGUUGAAUGAUUUUAUGCAAAAUCUUGCCGAUUGACUGUUUCAAUGAAAUUUAGUUUUAAUAGCAAUGGCAGAACUUUAUUCUUUCAGCAGAGAGAAUACAGUCUGAUACAGCACUGGAACCUUGAUAUUAUAAACCUCUAUAUAACAAAGUCCUCGGUAUAAAACGUGAUUUUCUUCACCCCAGUAAUGGUAAUGUAUAUGGAAAAGCACCUCCAUAACAUAACAAAACCUCGUUGUAGCGAACAUAUUUUGACAGUCCCUUAGCCCUUUGUUAAAUCAAAGUUCCACUGUAUAGAUGUAAAUAAUUAUAUAUUCUUUUAUGUUACUUGUUAGGUGUCUGGAACUACAGAGAGAAGGAUUUGUGCUGUAGGCAUGAUCAAGUUACUCACUGAGAGCCCUGAGUUUCUGAAGACUUAUCAUGAUCUUUGGUGAGUGCAUUCCCCUCCCCUGCUAGUCUUAAACAUCACCCACCCAAGGCUGUGCUCUAGCAAUGUCUUGUGGCCCUUGGUGCCUUACUUUUGCUCCUGGACAACUUGAAAAUCUAAGUUUUCUCAUAGCGGAAGUCAUAUGCCAGGCACACUGGAUUUCACAGGAGCACUGGGCUCCCUUCAAAAAUUUUUGUAGAGCACAGCGUAGCCUCCUCAAAUUCGGUAUCAUGAUCACCAAAAUGUUCAUUAGUUUUGUGCAAUAACAUAAGCAACUUGUUUGUCAAAUCUGUAGGUUUUUUGAGGGUGGAUUUUUUUCAGCAUAAGGAUGAGUAGCCCUCACUUUUGCUGUUGGAAUCUUUAAUAAUUGUUUUUUUGCAGAUGAAAGCAAAAAAUAAAAAAUUCCAAUGGGCAAUGGCGAGCCGACAAUACACACUUUUGUUUUUAAUGAACCCACACUGCAUGUUUGCAGUUUUUUCAAAAUAAGCUAUUUUUUUAACAUUAAUCAAUGCCAUAUCAUUACUGAAUUUUUUUUUAAUCAUAGCUAGUUUUUAGAUAACCAUGUACUUUUACCUCUAGGACACCUUUGUUACAAGCAUUGAUUGGGUUAUUUGAGUUGCCAGAAGAUGACUCCAUUCCAGAUGAUGAGCACUUCAUAGAAAUAGAAGAUACACCAGGUACAUUUUCUUACAAUAACUCAGUUGAAGACCAUCACCAGUUGACUAUCAUACACUCAAACUGUACAUAGCCUGCGUUGCAGCCGGCCCACGCACUCAUCAAAACCAUACAUAAGGUUUAGAGUGUCUGCGACGCAGGCAAACUGUACGUUGGAAAGGCUGUCACAUGGAUGUUUUUUUUUUCUCAAAUCAGUUUUAUUUGUGUUUUCUUAUUGUUGUGUUCUAAACCAGGAUAUCAGACAGCUUACUCACAGUUGGCAUUUGCGGGCAAGAAAGAAAGAGACCCAUUUUCUGGGACAAUAGCUGAUGCUAAAGUCUACCUUGCACAGUCACUGCAGAAGCUGUCCUCAUCUGAGCCUGGGAAGGUUAGACCCACUGUCGUAAUCAUUGCCUAACUUCAAACCCAUGGAGGCUGGGCACAUGUCCAGUUAUUAUGGGAUGACUAACAAGAGACCCACAAAGUCAGAAAGAGGAAACCAAGAUUUAGAAAAUCCUCAAGUUUGGUGUUGCCAUUCUAAUACUCCAAAAUUUACCAAGAAUUGAACCCGACAUUGUGUCCAACUAUCCAUACAUCUCGUAUUAAAUUUUCAAGUUUUUAAAUAGAUAUAAUUAUCUUGUUCACUAUUGGCCCAAUUAACACCAAACUUGAGAAUUUUGCAAAACUCAAUGUUUUAGCCUGACUGGGUAGGUCUUGUGUUGUCUGGCCCAUGAUAAAUGGACUCAUACACAGUCCUCCUAGGCAAAAAUAUUUAUUUUGAAGGUCUGAGAGCAGAGAAGCAAUCAAGGUUGAGUCAUAUGCUAUUUUUCCUUGCUUCCAAAUUGUCUGGAUUUUUGCAUAAUACCUAUUUAUACAUUUGCUGAGAUUUCAUAAUAUUGAUCAUCAGAAAUAAUGGGAUUGACCCAAACGAUUAAAAGACCUUGUCACAGUUUUGAAAGCCAUCUUGACGAGGAGGCAACCACAUUAGAAAUUACUGUGGUUGUAUGACAAUCUAAUGUCGAAUAAUUUCCAUGAAACGGCUGUUUUGAAAAAAAUUUAAGGUGGCCUUUUUAAAGUGAGGGGGGAAGGGGAAGCAGGUAACAUUUUCAUUCUUCAUGUAAAACCAAGGGAAAUUGUUCCAGACCUACCGUAAGCCCGCCCCCCCUACCCCUCCCUCCUCAUUCUUCACUACCAAAUUAAUAAAAAAUGAACUGAUCCGGUAUGGUUUAUUCAUCUGCUGGAAGUUUGUACUCGUUUUGAUCUGUGGUUGCAAGACAAGACCUGUGACCUCAUGCACUUGAACAUUUUCACUUUGUGUCCAAGUUCUUUUUGGAGAAUUGAUACCAUCUUCUGGUUGUUUGAGAAACCAGUAUGGUGCCCAAUUUUAGUAAAUUAAUUAAUUAAUUUAAUCAAUUAAGCCCUCUCUAUUAAGCCCCCGUCAAACGUGCUUGAAAUAAAAUUAUGUUAAAUGUCUUUAUUGAUUUUUAAUUACACAGCUGAUUCAUUCCAAAAUCAACACAGAACUCCAUAAAGAUGCCUUAGGAUUCCUGCAAAAUUAUCUCCAAGCAGCUGGUAUUACGCUGAGUUAAACUUGCUGGCUGAAUUCAGCGAGAGAUCUUGUAGUAUGUAGUGUUAAAAGAGAGUCUUCAAGUUGAGAUGUUUCUCAGCUCAUGGACGAGAGUGCUGAGUAGUAUGGUAUUCAAACAGUUGUAUAGAGCUUGAUCCUUAAUCUCCGAACAGUGAUCAGAAUUUAAAGAAGAGUAUUAAUGAUCAGCAAAUUCCGUAUCCCCCCAUUUUUAAACAGUUUUUCUCGUCAGCAUUUCAGUAAAAAGAAAAUAUAUAUGAAGAAAAGUAUGGCGAGUGCUGUUGUAUGGAGAUUACUGCUUUCAGGGUGAAAAAAUAGUGUUAUUUUUCAUCCAAUUAAGAUCAUGUUAGGCUGCAUAUUAGAAAAGUGCUGUUCAGGAACUUUUGCUUGAGUUGUAACCCUUUUGAAUAUCCAACCUGCGCAAUAAUUAUGAUAAAUGUGUCUACAGAAAUGUGCUCAUUUCUCAAAGCGUUUACUGAGUGCAAAUCUCAUUCUUCACUUCUGUUGAUUUUUGCAUUCCGCAAGCAAGACCACCUGAUCAAAGUUUGAAGAUUAUUGCCUCGUGUAUCAAUAUUGCUUUUGUACUAAUCCUGCUCGAAUUAUAACUGUUACAGUGUUAUAGUGACUUAGCAGCUUAUAAUGCCAACAGUUUUUUAUAAUAUUGAUAUCACUAAGAGGUUGGUUUUCAUGCUGUUUCUUUAAUAUUAGAAAAGACUAAGACCAAUAAUAUUUUGUUUAACAAGCUGAGUAAUUUGCAUUUUUGUUGCAACGUGGACAAAUACCCGAGUUAGACAAACUCUGGUCUACAGUAAGGUGUGCUAGCUUUAGGAGAACACACCAGAAAAGAGAAAAAAAAUAGUAGACAUUAUAUAAUAGCAGUAUUUCAGCUGUUAAUGAUUUUGGGGCCUUUGAAUAGCUAGGAGCUUCCCAUGAUAUUAUUCUUAUUAACCCUGUAAGUCCCAAGAGUGACCAAUAUCAGUUUUCUCCUAACAUGUCAAUACAUCAUUAAGAGAAAAGGUGAUGAGAAAUAACAGAAUGAUCAUCACAUGUAACAUUCUUUGAUCUUUUAUCAAAUUCUCUAAACUAGUUCCUUAAGGAAAUGUACAGUGAGAUCGGUCUCGAGAACUUUUGUUGAUUUUGGGAUUUAAAGGGUUAAUGUAUCCAGCUUAUCUUGACCAC